GAUUAAGUAACCGACACUAAAACGCCGCGCUUCAUCUCAACCCUCAAAAGUCUUCAUUCAUCAUUGAAUACAACUCCAACAACAACGUAACCCGACUGACCAAGGCCACCAUAGCUUACAUAUCAGUUUAUAUCCCCCACCCACUACAUUUUUAAAAUAACUCUCAGUACUUAUCACUACAGAAACCAUUCCAAUGUCCAGCAAUAAUUCGGAACGUCAAUACUUCGUAUUUGUUUAGGAGACUAUUAUGGCGACAACAACCCAUCGUGGCCCCUCAGCAGCGCCUGCUCCUCUCGCCUCCAUUCCGAAUACUAAUGGUAAUUCUACACAUGCCCAUGACGACUCGAUGCCAAAUGGCCACCAUGUGCCCGUACAAGAGCCCCGACCUGCCCCGACCCCCACGCCUUCGAUGGCUUCCAACGCCGCCGUUAAGAAAGGCAAGGGAAAGAAAGCCCUUGACCAAAAUGAGGCUUCAAAACUCAUUUCGGCAAGGAUUUCCCAACUGGAGGUUGACACGGCCGCUGAAAAAGAGCAAGAGGCGGAAAUUGACCGAGAAGUGCGAAAGGCAAAUCGCGAACUUAACCAUCAGAUGAACAAGAUGAACGACAUGGACAAGAUAGAACUCUUGACCAAGCGAUCGUCGGAAUUGUUCGCAAACAUGAAACGCCUCGAACGCGAAAACCUUAAGAAUAAGAAGCGCGCAGAUCAGUUGCAGAAGGAAAAGGACUCAAGUCGCACCGACCUAAGCAAGCAGAUUAGCCUCAAGGAGAAGCUAGAGAAGCUUUGUCGUGAGUUGCAAAAAGAAAACAACAAGCUGAAGAACGAGCACCGCGCCUUGGGCGAUAAUCAUGACCGACUUAAAAUAUCGUCAGAUGAUCGCUUCAGGAAAGUACUUGAAACGCUUGAAGGUUAUCAGGAAGAGAAGGACAAUCCGCGAAAGCAGGUCGUGUACAUGAAAGCAGAAGAAUUGUUCAAGGCGCGAUUCAAGUCACUCAUCGACCAAUACGAGCUUCGUGAGCUUCAUUUCCACUCCGCCAUGCGCACCAAGGAGAUCGAAGUGCAGUGGAAUAUGGCUCGUUAUGAGCAACAGAAGAAAACUGCCGAGGCAGAGUCUAACCGCGCACGUCAACUGAAUAGCCAGGUGCUUACAUUCUCUAAGACAGAAACCGAGCUGCGAAAUCAGUUGAAUGUUUAUGUCGAGAAGUUCAAGCAGGUCGAGGAUACGCUCAACAAUAGUAACGACCUGUUUUUGACUUUUCGCAAGGAGAUGGAGGACAUGUCCAAGAAAACCAAAAAACUCGAGAAGGAGAACGAGGCUUAUAAGCGCAAGGAAGGGGCUCUCAACCAGAACAUCUUCAAGAUGGCCGAGGAACGCAAUAGAAAUAUUAAGGACCUCGAGGACAUCAAGAAGAAGAACGACAAGCUCACGAGUAUCAUUAAUCAGAUGCAGCAGCAAGGCCGCGGCAUACCCCAGGGUAUGCAGGGCACGGUGGAGAGUUGCUAUGCCGAGGGCGCGGAGGGCGACGAGGAAGGAGAGCUCGAUGGUGACGAGGAGAGUGACUAUGAAUACGACGACGAAGGAGACGAGGAGGUAAGUGAGGAGGGUGAGUUCGACGACGACACAGAGGAAGAGAUCAUGCCGCAAGUGCCGGGCGCUUUUGGUCCCGAACGACCGCCUGCUAUGAAUGGUCAUCGCUAGGAGGAGGACGUAUCAGAGCAGCAGGUGACGGGGACCAAUCAGGCUUUCCAAGACAUAGUCCGAUGGUUUGGCGAUUUACGGAACUCACUCCGUCA